CAAACUCAAGGAAGUUGAUCAGAGUCCACGGGAGUAUUGUAGACCUAGCAGCCUCUGCGCAUGGUACAUAGACAACACUUUACGGAUAUAUUUUAAACUAUUAUUCUUCACAACUUUUUAUUGCGUCGGUGGACUUUUGAUUCGCUUCAAGAUGUCUUAUCCUAUUGCGCACAACACCUCGACGUACAGAACGAUCAGCGUCGCAGCCGAACCUUCGAAUACGCUUUUGUCCAACACCAAUACGUACAGAACGAUCAACGUCGCAGCCGAACCUUCGAAUACGGUUUUGUCCAACACCAAUACGUACAGAACGAUCAGCGUCGCAGCUGAACCUUCGAAUACGGUUUUGUCCAACACCAAUACAGUUUUGUCCAAUGCGAAUAUGGUUAACUACAGUCAACUUUCCCCGCUACCGUACGGUUUAAACAGCUCCUACGAGACGGUGCGAUACCUGGUACCCGUACAGCAACCGGCGCAGCAGUCAUAUGUAUUGGUGAACAACGCACCUCAAGUUAUGCCCCAGAUGAUGUCAACGGUUUAUCUGCAGAACGUUCCCAGCGCCAGUGUCAGCAGUUUGGAGGAUUCGGAAUUCAUGUACCGACAGCAGAUCUCCGAGCAUGUGAAUGGGAAUUCUUCCUCCGUGUUCAGCCAGACUCCCAGCCCAGUCAAGAGUCCUGAGCCAAGCGUCGAGGAGGAGGUGGUGGAAGAGGAGGAGGAAGAGGAGGAGGUGCAGGAGACAGUGAAGGUGGAGGAGAAGGUGGUGGAGAGGGUGGUGGAGAGGGUGUCCCAGGUGCACCUGAAGGAGGUGGAGCCCCUGGUUAAGAUGGACACCCGCUUCUUCGGGGAGCUGCUGGCCGAGGUGUACAGGAAGAACUGCGACAUCCACACCUGCAUCUCCGAACACGUGGCCAAGAUCAGAGGACGAAAGCAUCUUCUGGAUCCCAGCAAUGACUACAAGAUGGAAAGGGACGAGGUGGAGAAUCUGAUCCCCCGAGGAGCUUCGGAGCUGACCAAGCAGCAGAUCCGCUACCUGCUGCAGACUCGUGUGACAGCAGAUAAGAGCAUGCGUCUGCUGCUCACCACCUUCAGCAGCCUGAGAGAGGAACUGCUGCACAUGUCUGAGGAUCUCCACCGCCUGGAGAGUGAGAAGGAGAGCCUGGAGAGAGACCUGAGCUUCAAGGCCGACCAGGCCCAGCAGUAUGAUCGCCUCCUGGAGGCUGUCAGGGAGAACAACCGCCAGCUCCAGGUGUCUCUGAAGGAGAGCAGCAGUAGCCAGCGCAGCCUGGAGAGGCAGCUUCUGGAGUACCAGAGUUCUGGGUCUGGACAAGACUUCAGGAUCAAGGAAGUGGAGGGAAGCCUGAGAGUCCUGCAGAAGGAGAACGACAUGCUGCGACAGAAGCUGGCGGGCCAGGGCAGCAGCUCCUCUCUGCAGGUGAAGACAGAGGAGCUGGCUCUGCAGUACAACCAGCAGCUCAUCAGCCUGAGGCAGGAGAAGGACAAGGAGCUGGAGAUGCUGCGGUCCCAGAUGACCAGGAUCCAGACAGAGUACAGCUCGGAGCGAUCAGGUGACCGCAGCCUGCAGCUACGCAUCACAGAGCUGCUGACAUCACUGGAGCAGCGGGAGACCAUCAUCAGACGCCAGGAAGAGGAGAUCAGGCGUCUGCAGACAGUGAAGAGCGAUAGCUCCAAGAACGUCACCCAGACCGUCAUCACCAACAGGUACAGGAACCAGUACCCCCUCCUGGGACUCCUGAGCGAUGAGUUCCAGUCCACGCACCAGCCUUCCAUCAAAGAGGCCAAGACCAUCGUCAUCAAGACAACAACAGGGGAGAUGACCCAACAGGAAACCAUUUCAAGUCCUUAAAGACACUGCUUCUCUCCGACAGGAAUGAACGACAACAAGAUCCAGACAUCCCUCCCCCUCCCUGCAUGCCCCCCUUUGACUCCCCCAUGUCCAGAAGGUUGCCUGGGUGAUGGUGUCUUAAGACCCCUAAAUUAAAGGGGAUCUCUGGAUUGGGCUGAAGGGGUUUUUGUACAUGCAGGUGUUGCAUUGGGUGGCGCAAGGAGCAAAAUAGUUAACGACCAAACGCAAAUAAAAAAUCAGUCAAUGGAACCAUCACAUCCUGGAUAGGGACCAUCCCCCCUCCUCUUUCCCCCACUGCCGUUACCUAUAGUUACCAUGCAUGUUAGAAAUAUUGUUUUGAAGUUUUUCCUGUAAGAGAGUAGUCUGCAAUGUGCUGAGACAGGUACAAGGUUGUUCCUCUUUUCCGUCUAUUUGGUUUGAAUUGGUGUUUUUUUAUUUUUAUUAUUAAAAGGUAACAGAUUACAAGGAUGUAUUUAAACACGUUUAUGUCUUGCCAGUUAGGUUAUAUUUCUGAUGAGGUACGUUGCAUGGGUGUGAUGAUGAUGUUGUUGGUUUGCGUGCUGAUGUUGCUCCGUGUUGAGCUAAGAAUGCUUGGUGGUGUUGGAGACGGGUGAGGGUGGGAAGGGGGGUUAGAGUGGUGUGUGGGUGAAUGUUAGAAAGAGGGGAGCGAUGCGAUUAUAUUGGUGAUAGCCUGCUGAAACGACUGGUUGUUUUAGAAGCACAAAUGAUAAACUGUACAUGAAGCAAAUGUGUGCUGACUUGCCUUUUGAUCUGAUGUGUAUGGUGUGCAUUGCCCUUGGACUGGUGUCCAUGGAGAAAGAGAUGUUUUAUACUUUAUAACAGAUCCUUUAUAUAUGCUUAAACCAUUGUCUUGGACUAGCUGGCAGGAGUCAAACCCCUGUUCAAAGUAUGAUAACUCUAAGCUAAUUGAGUAAAUGCAUAUUUUUGACCGCAAGAUGGGAACUGACUGACAAUUAACAUUGCUUCCCUCAUGUCCAAUGGAAAUACAUAUCUAGAUUCUUAAUAAAAAAUGGUAAAAUCUAUAA